CCUCACUCUGCUUCAGUCGCUGCUGGGCGAAGCAACCAAGCAAAUUAAUCAGCUCCCCAAGAUACAUACAUACAUACAGAAACACAGGAGAGAUCAGAGAGGGCUUCCUCUUUUCAUCCAGGAGAAGCGAAACACAAGAAGAAGGAAAACGAAGCAGAGAUCUCGAGGAAGCUCUGCUGCUGGGUUCCCAUCCACCAGCAGGUUCAGAAGCUCCAAAUAAUGUUGGACAGAAGAUGGCAGGGUCUAGCCAUGCUUCUGCUCAUCUGUCUUCUCUGCAACGCAUCAGGGAGUUUUGUUGGCGCCAACAUGAUCCCUUCGCCGGAGAACUCGCCGUCGGAGUUCGCCAAGAUUGUUCAGUCUAAGCAGACCAAGCAGGCGCGCGUGUUCAGCGGCGGCGCGGAUCAUCGGUCGCUGCGGUCGCUGGCGAACACCGGCGAGGAGGUCAUCCUCACCGUCCCCAACGACCAGCUCGAGCACAUCGCCGAGUUCCCGGAGGAGGCAGAGCUCUGGGUCGCCGCCAACGUCGUGCGGUUCCUCCCGGCGACCAGGAUUACGCACGUCGUGGCCGGCGACGACGUCCUGGUCAGGUCCCCCGGGAGCGCGUACUUCCUCGUCCCGGCGAUGAUCAACCUCCACUCCGCGCUCGCCGCGGCGCGCCUCGACGGCCGCGUGAAGGUGUCGAGCGCGGUGUCCGGGGAGGCGCUGGCUGCUCCUCCGGCGUGGGCCGCCGCCGUGGCCGAGGGCGUCCUCCGGUUCCUGAACGCGACUGGCGCGCCGCUGUUCCUCGAGUCCCGGCCGUCGGAGGCCACGGACACCAAGGUCGACGCGGCGUACGCCGCGAUGCGGGCGCUGGGGUUCCCGGGGGCCAUCCCGGUGAUCGCGGCGCCGAUCGGGACGGAAGAGCUCCCGGCGGCGGCAGCGGCGGUGGUGUACCACAGCUACCUGCUGAUGAUGCCGCACGGCGGCGGCGGCGUGCCGCGGCGGGCGCUGGCGACGGCGGGGACGUUCUGCGUGGCGCUGCAGAACGCGGACCCGGCGGCGCUGCAGGCCGGGCUGAGCUGGGCGUGCGGCCCCGGCCAGGCCGACUGCUCGGCGAUCCAGCCCGGCGGCCCGUGCUUCAAGCAGAACAACCUGCCGGCGCUCGCCUCCUACGCCUACAACGACUACUACCAGAAGAUGGCCAGCACCGGCGCCACCUGCUCCUUCAACGGCACCGCCACCACCACCACCGCCGACCCCAGUUCAGGAUCAUGCGUGUUUGCAGGAAGCUCUAUGGCGGGAGGCUCGAACACGAGCGUGCCGGGAGCCAGCCCUCCGACCACCGUCGCCCCACCGGCCGGCUUCACGCCGCCGGCCGGCACCAGCCCUCCGACAGACUUCAGCCCGCCGUCGGCCGGCACGACCCCUCCGACCGGCUUCAGCCCGCCGGCGGGCGGCGGCUUCGGCCCGCCGGGGAGCUUCAACGGGAGCGGGUCCUUCGGCCCCAGCAGCACGUUCAGCCCUUACGCCGGCGGCCACCGCGACGGCGUCUCCCGCGCUCGCCUGGGCGCCAUUGUCCUCGCCGUGCUUCUUCUGUCCAUCGAUCUCAUGUGAAAUUACCGUGUGUAAAUUUAAGAAAAUUCGUUGUAUGUUCUUGAUCGAGAAGUUGCUGGUCUCGGUAGGCGGCAGAUUGGAUUAUGCACACUGAAAAAUUAGGAGUAUAUAUAU